AUGGAUCUACUUCAAAACUCCUUUCAGAAUGUUUAUGACUCCUUUGCCAACCUCGAUUUCCAGCAUGCCAUCCGUCUGGUAAUCAUUGUAGGCGGAUAUGUGUUGUUGCGUAACCUAGCCCAAAGGCAUUUAGCCAAAAAGCAGCUCGAAAACAAGGUUCGUGAAGGUGAAAAGCUCAGAGCCGAGGAAAGACAAGAGAAGCUUGUCGAAGAUCCAAAUAGUGUUGCCUCCGUCAACGAAAAUGCUUUCGGAUGGGGGAACAAGACAAGACAGAGGGUUAAGAGACAGGAGAAAAUACUUGAAGAGCGCAUUGACGAACUCAAGAAAUACCAAGGUAACUUGGAUGACGAUGAAGACAUCGCGGAUCUACUCGAAGACUAA